AUGGGUGCUCAACAGUCAACCAACACUCCUAACAGUAACUCGUCCGAGGUUAAAAGAUGUUACUACGAAGUGCUGGGGGUGGAGCGUCAAGCAACGGACGAUGAAAUCAAAAAGGCAUAUCGCCGAAAGGCGUUGGAACUUCACCCUGAUCGAAACUAUGGAGAUGUUGAAAAUGCGACGUCAAAGUUUGCAGAAGUCCAGUCUGCAUAUGAAGUGCUCUCAGAUGUUCAAGAACGUGCUUGGUACGACUCGCAUAGAGCAUCCAUUCUGCGAGGCGAUGGAGGUGGCGAAGAAGAGCAUUAUGAGCAUAGUGUUCGUUUGACGAGUGCCAGCGAUAUUGUGAGCUUGAUGUCCAAGUUCAACUCCAGUGUUCCAUUCACGGAUUCCGCAAAUGGGUUCUAUGGGAGUUUGCAGCAAACUUUUGAGACCUUGGCUGCAGAAGAAGAUUCAGCUUGUGACUGGGAAGGCUUAGAACCAGUUGACUACCCAAACUUUGGAGGGUCGAAAGACACCUAUGAAGAUGUGGCAAAACCCUUCUACAGAGUGUGGAUGAGCUUCUCAACCAAGAAAACGUUUGCUUGGAGAGAUCAAUAUCGAACCUCGGAUGCACCAGAUAGAGCAACUCGGCGACUUAUCGAAAAGGAAAACAAGAGAUUUAGAGACGAGGGUAUACGGGAAUUUAAUGAUGCCGUAAGAUCGCUUGUUGCCUUUGUACGCAAGCGCGAUCCCAGAUUCAUUCCAAAUUCCCAGUCAGAGGCGGACCGACAAAAGAUUCUACGUGAUGCUGUAGCGGCUCAAGCAGCCAGAUCGCGGGAAGCAAACCAGGCCAAAUUAAAAAAUCAAAUCGUUCCGGAGUGGGCACAGUCUGGUGAGACCCAAGAAGAUGACGAAUUUUCUGGCUCGGAAUCAGAAAAAUCGGAAAUAGAGCACAUUGAAUGUGUCGUUUGCAAUAAGACUUUCAAGAGCGAAAAGCAAUACGAGGCUCACGAGAAAAGUAAAAAGCACAUUAAAGCUGUACAGCAGCUUCAGAGAGAAAUGAAGAAAGAAAAUAAACGACUAGAUCUCGACACCCCCUCCACCGGUCACGAAGGAAGAUCGCCUAGUCCCGACAAAGAAGACACUGAUUCGUACCACAACACCAACAUAAUACCAGACGUUGUGGAAAUACCUGAAAAUGAAAUUUCUCCUCAUAAUGAGAAGCCCAUUACCGUUACUUCUCCGGAUAUACCUGCUCAAGCAUCCGUGGACGAACAGUCAGAUGCAUCUCAGGACGACGAGUACGCGCCUCGAAAAGAAGUAGAAGAACGGUUCCACGCACUAACAGAAAAUAUCGAUCUGAACCGAGAUGUCAGUGAGACGGAUAGCAGCAAACAACCAAAACUAGGCAAAGCAAAAGGAAAGCGCGCAAAGAAAGCAGCAAAGGAAACUCAAAAUCCGACACAGGAGACUGAGUUCCAGUGCAAAGGCUGUACGGCUCCGUUUGAUUCCAAGAACAAGCUUUUUGAUCAUCUGAAAGAGAAUCCCAAACAUGCGCAGCUAGUCCCGAAGGCGAAAGGGAAGAAAAACAAGCGAUAA